GGCGUGGCUGGGGUGGGCGGGGCCUCCCGGUGCGUGGAGGGGGUAAAGGGCAGAAGCCCUCGGCCUGUUGUCAGUGGAGUGCGCGGCGUGCUCGGGCGAUGAACUGAGGGGCGGAAGAGAAAAAAAAAACCCGACUUUUUCCCCCAUUUCAUCUGUGUUGUAAUGUUGCCGUACCAAGCUGUCGCUAUGGACUACAGACAGCAGGCGGCUGCUGCUGCAGCUUUCACACACUCCUGGUUGGUACCGGCGGCGGAACUCUAUGUACCCUACAAACACAAUACAGUUGAGCCAGGUAUCCUCGAACUGCGGAAAGAGAAGUCGCGGGACGCGGCCAGGUCCCGACGAGGAAAGGAGAACUACGAAUUCUACGAGUUGGCCAAAAUGCUUCCUCUCCCGGCGGCCAUCACCUCCCAAUUGGACAAGGCCUCCAUCAUCCGGCUCACCAUCUCCUACCUCAAACUACGGGAUUUCUCCGGUCACGGGGAUCCUCCCUGGAACCGCGACCAGCCCCUCCCCUCAAAGUCUGUCAAAGCCGGCGGUGUUCGGGGGAGAGGGGCCAACAACAUCGCCCAGGACAUUUUCGAGCUUCACCAAGGAACACACAUCCUUCAGUCAUUGGACGGAUUCGCCUUCGCCCUUGGAGCGGACGGGAGGUUUUUGUACAUCUCGGAGACAGUCUCCAUCUACCUUGGUCUUUCACAGGUUGAAAUGACAGGGAGUAGCGUUUUUGACUACGUCCACCAGCAAGACCACAGCGAGGUCGCUGAGCAGCUGGGACUCGGCCUCAGCCAGGGUUCGGCCAUUGGUUCACCCCAAGGUUCUGAAGAAGGAGGCACGUCGUCGCCAGUUUCGACGGUUAUGACCUUAAAUUCUUCAAAUUAUAAAGGCUACGACAGGACAUUCUGCAUCAGAAUGAAAUCAACUCUUACGAAAAGAGGCUGCCACUUCAAAUCCUCUGGAUAUAGAGUCGUGCUGCUCCUGUGCAGACUUAGGCCCCAGUACCAGUUUUCCCACAGCCGAAAAUCCUCGCCGCCCCUUUUGGGGAUGGUGUCGCUGGCCAUCGCUCUGCCACCGCCCAGUGUUCACGAAAUCAGGCUCGAAAGCGACAUGUUCGUCACGAGACUGAACUUCGACUUCUCCAUCGCCCACUGUGAGCCGAGGGUCGCAGAUCUGCUGGAUUACACAGCUGAAGAAAUAACAGGGAUGAAUAUGUAUACCCUUUGUCACGGUGAGGACGCUCACAGGCUUAGAAAAAGUCAUAUCGACUUAAUCAACAAAGGCCAAGUAUUGACCCACUACUACAGGCUCAUGAACAAAAACGGUGGUUACACAUGGGUUCAGACUUGCGCGACUGUCGUCUGCAACUCAAAGAAUGCCGAGGAGCAAAAUAUCAUCUGCGUCAACUACGUUGUCAGCGGUCGAGAAUACAAAAACUUAAUCAUGGAUUGCUGCCAGCUGGAGGAGCACGUGAACGCCCGUGGCGUGAAAAGAGAAGACACGAGCGGAAACGAUCCCGAAAAUGGAUCUCCCGGAUCGGAAACCGGCGAAGGGAGGAGUGGAGGGAAUGCACAUCUCCCUGACAGACAUCUAGGCCCGUCGGAAUUGGACGAUGAGACGCCUGAUGUUCAGGGUGAUCAGAGGGGUCGUGGACUCAUGGAUCAGAUCCAUGCCGGGGAACACCAACAGAUCAGCGGAGUUCUUACGAGACCGAUGAAGAAACUCGUGGGGGAAAGACGAGGUGUGAAGAGAAAAGUCGGUGAGGAGGAGAGUUCGUGUAGCUCUGAAGAAGAAGAGAGGCAAGCUCCAGUGAGGAAGAGGUACCCGGUCCUCAGCCCGGCCAGCUCCUCUUGCCAGUCGUCCGUCUUGGCGAGCAGCCCCAAGGGCCAAGAGGACUCGGACGGAGCCGGAGGCACGGUGAAGGAGCUGGAACAGGCCAUGUCCAAGCACCUCCCGCCGCCGGACAAAGCCCACACGGACUUCAGCACGGACGCCCUGCUUAAAGCGCAGCAGCAGAGGAGCACGAUACAAUGGAUAGGAGCUUUGAACCAGCCACCGCCCGGCAGCACUCUGCCCGCUUCGACCCUCCUCCGUCAACUGUACGCCAACAGGGAGAGCGUGAUAAGGGCCAACGUCACCAGGCCCUCGGGAUAUUACGGACCCGAGAUGGGACCUCUGCCAACCCCCCCGGGCUCCGACGGUUCCUACCCCCAGGAGUACAUCCAGAAAAACGACUUUCCCCUGUACCAUAACUACACGGUGGACUAUCAUUCCGCGAUGACCCCGCCGAGUUCCGUCUCGCCGAGGGACAAACACCAACAACCGCUGCACUCCGGCUUCGACAGCCCUCCUGUCGGCUACCCGGAAGUCCUGAGGCCGCAGUACAUCGAAGGCCCCGCGCAGCCACUGCCAUUGAAGCCCCAACCGUAUCCCGUCCAUCCCUUGGAGCCCUAUCCGACGACUUCUAUCGAACAGCCCCAGUUCUAUUCCUCAAACCCCGCCCCGGCGUUCCACCUCUACAACAAACCCAACUCCUCGUCCCCUAAUUGGUAUACUGCACCGACAUAGCCCUCUUGUAAAUAUGUACAGACACUGUAGAUAAUAUCCUUGUGUAUAACGGUGCUUUUGUCUUUUGUCCAGUGGUCGUAUAUUUGUAAUUUCUUGUAAAUAUAUUUGGAACAUUUUGAAAAAUAAAAAAAACAUUAAUAAAAGAAAGAAAAGAAAAAGUGAAAUUAAAAAAGAAAACAGUAUUAUAAUCCUAGACCUUUGGCUUUUACGUAUAUUCAAACUUUUUGAAUUCGAUAAAAGUUUACUUCUUUUACAUAUAAAUGAACAACAUUAUUAAACUAUAAAUUAUAUAAAUAAUUACAAAUAAUUAAUUAUAAAGUUUUAAUAAAUAAAAAAAGAAAAUCAUUUUUGUUGUUAUUUAUUGUUAUAGUUUGUUAGUUUUCUUCUGUAAGUUAGUUGUCUCAAAUUUUUUAAUUAUUGUAAGUGUUAACAAUGUGAAUAUAUCAAAUGGGCAAAUUAAAAACUAACUGUGUAUGGCUAAGCCAAAGUAAAUUAUAGUUUAUUUAAAAAACAGAGAAAUAUCAAUCUUUAAGUUGCCCAUAAAUAAGUGCAAUGGUCUCUAGCGUUAAUUUUUUUAAAAAAUAAUUAGCUUCAUUAUUAUAUCAUCGUCAUUAUAAAUCGAUCAUUUCUAAAUGGAAGACUUGCCACUUAAUUGGACGAGGCUGUAAAUAAAUUUAUACAUCGCAGUAGUUCUGCAAGAACAAUGUGUAACUCGCUCAAAGACUAUUUAGAUGUGCAAUAUCCCUCGAUUCAAGAACAAAAAAAAUUUAAAUAAUGAAUUUUAAAAUUAUUCAAAACAGUAUUUUGUAGAAUAUUUGUUCAUAUUAAAUAUAACUGUUACUACAUGGCAUAAUUCCUUAUUUGU